AUGGCUUCUGCCUGCGUUAACAACAUCGCAAUCUCGCCGGAAACCACCUUCCUCGACCUCCCUCCAUGGCUCUCCCCUCGCGGAUCCGACCCCGACCCCGACUUCGAGUUCCCCCUAGACCCUCCCGCCACCAUGCUCCCGGCCGACCAGCUCUUUUCCGACGGCAAACUCGUACCUCUCCACCUCAAAACUCCCUCCAUCACCACCACCACCACAACCACCACUUCCCAAACCCUAACCCCUACCACCGCGACAACGACAAUCUCCCCUCAAACCCCCAAAUCCCCAUCCACCACCGCCGGCGCCACCACCACCACCACCGAUGCCUACCUUUUCUCCCCCAAAGCCCCCCGUUGUUCGUCCCGCUGGAAAGACCUCCUCGGCCUCAAGAAACUCUACAACACCACCACUCCUACCAAAUCCUCCCCCUCCACUUCCAAAUCCUUGAAAAACCUCCUUCACCGCAAAACGACGUCGUCUACUUCCAACUCCGAAAACGCGCCUCUUCUCACACACUCCUCCGACGCCGAAUCCCUCUCCAUCUCCUCUCGUCUCUCUCUUUCCUCUUCCUCCUCCAGCCAUGACCAUGACGACCUUCCUCGCCUCUCGCUCGAUUCCGAAAAACCAAACCCUAACCCUAACAUAGCCCCAAGCAUAAACCCUAACCUCAACCAGAUCUCGCUUCACAGAAACCCUAACACUAGAAUCCGAUUAGUCAAACCCCGCGCCGGAUCAUUCGACUCUAACAAAACCGUUUCGGAUCAGCCUUCCCGCCCUGGUAGGAGUCCGAUCCGGAGAGAAACGGAAACCGUGGGUUGCAGGGGCGUUUCCGUUGACAGCCCUAGAAUGAACUCUUCCGGAAAAAUCGUGUUCCAGAGCUUGGAACGAAGCUCGAGUUCUCCCAGCACGUUCAACGGUGGGCCCCGCUUCAAGCACCGGGGCAUGGAACGCUCUUAUUCCGCUAACGUUAGAGUCACUCCCGUUCUCAACGUCCCCGUUUGUUCCCUCCGUGGUGCGUCCAAAUCCGGCUCGGUUUUCGGGUUCGGGCAACUGUUUUCCUCGCCGCAGAAGAAAGAAACAACGGGGUGUAACAGGGGGCACCACCAAAGUGGUAGGAGUAAUCGGAAUUGA